UUGAGAAGAGGAAAGCGACAACUGGAAACGCUGAGGAGCCAGUCUGUAAACAGUAUGGGUGUAUUCUACAAAGACAAAGAGCAGUGACUUAACUCUGCAGUGCUUCUAGUCUGAGACUACAGCUGUCUGAGACAAAACAAGCCAUGGCCUCUGCAUCCAUACGGUUGAGUAGAGUUUUCAAAAAAGAGAGCUGGUGUAAACUUUUCCCACUUGGUGUGAGACAGGUUCAACUUUUCAGCAGUUAUCUUUCAGAGAGAAAAUCCACCAGUGCUCACCUGGUGGAGUCGCCUUUACAUCGUAUUCUUAGCCAUCUGCCUGGACAAAUGCAAAUGGCUUUUGCUUAUGGAUCAGGAGUGUUUCAACAAGAAGGCCAUAAGGACUUCUCCCAAAACAUGAUAGAUUUUAUUAUAGCAGUUGACGAUCCUGUGUCCUGGCAUCGUGAAAAUAUCAAAGUGAACGGAAAACAUUAUUCUUUUCUGAAAUACUUUGGGCCACGGUAUAUUAACAGGGUACAGAGCCAGUAUGGAGCAGGGGUUUAUUUUAACACCUUAGUGCCAUGUGAAGGUCGCUUGAUAAAGUAUGGUGUUAUUGGAACAGAUAAACUAGAAAUUGAUCUUCUGGACUGGGAAACACUGUAUGUGAGUGGUAGGCUUCAUAAACCAGUGAAGAUGCUGAAAGCUCCAUCUAAAAGUUCACUUAUAGCAGCACUGGAUAUUAAUUUGAAGAGUGCCGUGCAUGCUGCUUUGUUGCUUCUACCUGAUGAGUUUUCAGAAAUUGACCUCUACACAACCAUUGCAGGACUCUCUUACAAUGGAGACUUUCGAAUGGUUAUUGGUGAAGACAGGAACAAAGUUUCUAAUAUUGUGAGGCCAAAUGUAGAACGAUUUCGUAAACUCUAUGAAAACAUUCUUGACAAUGAAGAACAUAUAUUUUGGAACAAGAGUAAAGGUUUCCUGGAACAAUAUCCUAAUCAUGCUGUCCAAUAUCAUCAUCUAAAUUUGCUUCCCAAAAUGGUUCAGAUGAAUCUGGUCGCUGUGCGCAAUGUGAGUGGUCGCUAUUACGACACUGAAGAAGUCAUUCGCAGCUUUGCACAUAGUAGUCAAUGUGACGAGUAUGUGGCCAAAAGUAUUGAGGAAAUUGUCCGGAAAUCCAGUAGAUCACAGAGCAUUAAAACUAUCUUCACAGCAGGCCUGAAGAAAUCCAUAGUAUACAGUUGUAAAAAGUUGAAGAAAAUGGUGAAAGGUUCAAACAAAAUAUAGAAGUUCAGUAGAUAACAGUUUGUUGCAUGCAAGCAUACAGGAAAGAAAUUUGAAAGGUUUCGGUUGCUACAUUUUCUCAUUACCUGAAGUAUCACUUCUGUAUUAUAAACACUUGCCAUUACCAAUGUUUCGUACUUGCCAGGUGAAUUAGUGAUUCUGGGGGGAGAGGAGGGGAUUAGAGGGUUGGGGAAUCAUAAGAUUGUGGGCUGUGUAUUAAAUUAGUCGUGCCCAAUGGUGUAAUGUAUAUACUGUUGUAUAUGAUGAAUUUCUACAGUAAACAACUUCUCAGGGAAUGUCAGAGCAUUCAGAUUCAAUAGAUUCUUUCCUUACAAAAA